AUUUGUCUGCCGAGCGCACAUCACAACCAGUCAACCACACACAACACAACACAACCGAUACGAAGAAGCUUCUUGUCUAGCUAGCCGCGCCCGCGCGCCAUGUCCUCCAUGAAGAGAAGCAUUGCGUCUAGCGUCAUCGUCGUCCUACUGGUGCUCUCCCUUGAAGCCACCUUCGCUGACGCUGUCCGCGUCAUACCCGACGCCCCGGCCGGCGGCGCCAUCGUCCGCCUUCCGAGCGACGGCGAAAGAGGAGUGACUACUUCGGCGGCGGCGGCGGACGACAAGAAGCAGCUCCGGUGGUGCGAGCACCCAAUCUGCUUCCCUGAGUCCGACAUCUGCUUCUGCCCCUACACCCGCGCCGACCGGACGACGACGGAGAGCGGCCGCGGCGCCAAGGACGAGCUAGUGCAUGACAGUCUCGUAGUGCCGCCGCGCGCACCAGCACCACCAUGCGAGCACCCGUUCUGCAUUUUUAUCAGGGGAGAGCCGGUGUGCAGGUGCCUCGACGGAACCCGGCCGGCCCCCAGCAGCAGCGUCGAAAUGAGGAUGAUGAUGCACGCAGACAUGGAGAGAGCCAGCAGCUAGCGUGCCACUGAGCCACUGAUGUACGUGGUUUUGGUUUGUUUGUUCUUGGUCCAGCAGUAACAGUGAUAGUGUCGUGAAUGAGCUAGCACACUGUCGAGUCUGUCAGGAUGAUGCUCAUUCUCAGUGUCAGGUCGUCUGUCCGUGUCGAGACCGAUCGUACUUACGUCUUUGUUUUGGUAUAAUAAAGCGUCGUGCAAACGAGUUCUGUUACUAUGCCAGCUCGUGAUCAAUCACUAGAGAAGCCAACACCAGAUGAUUCACUGGAGAAGGUGCAGCCAGAAGCUGAUACACGAACCAUCGCCUGACUUGCCACAGCGUCGGGAGGCGGGUGCAAGGGUUCGACGCACCAACUGCCGUGAGUGGUCCGGACUCCGGAGUCGGCGUAGCUGUCGCGUGUGUGUCUCGGUCUCUGCUGUGUGGGGUCGGCUGUCGCGUGUGUGUGCCUUGCUGCUGCAGUGAAGGGUUUAUGUAUUGUAAAGUGUGAUCUGUGAACGGAAUGUAAACAAACAGAUAAUACAAUUCCAGUCGAUUGCUCCCC